CGGGCGCUGAAUCACGGCUAGGCAGUCCCCCCUUCCCCCCGGCCGGGUGCCCGCAGUCCCCGCCUCCGCGGCCGCCGCCUCCACGGGGCGGGGCGCUGGCCCGGGACCAGCUCCUCGGCUAUAAAGGGGCUGCGGCGAGGCCGGCAGAACGCUGUGACAGCCACACACUCCAAGGCCUCCAAGAUGAGCUACGCGCUGGACUCGCUGGGCAACCCGUCCGCCUACCGGCGGGUCACCGAGACCCGCUCCAGCUUCAGCCGCGUGAGCGGCUCCCCGUCCAGCGGCUUCCGCUCGCAGUCGUGGUCCCGCGGCUCGCCCAGUACCGUGUCCUCCUCCUACAAGCGCAGCGCGCUCGCCCCGCGCCUCGCCUACAGCUCCGCGAUGCUCAGCUCGGCCGAGAGCAGCCUCGACUUCAGCCAGUCCUCGUCCCUGCUCAACGGCGGCUCCGGCGGCGACUACAAGAUGUCCCGCUCCAACGAGAAGGAGCAGCUGCAGGGGCUGAACGACCGCUUCGCCGGCUACAUCGAGAAAGUGCACUACUUGGAGCAGCAGAACAAGGAGAUCGAGGCGGAGAUCCAGGCGCUGCGGCAGAAGCAGGCCUCGCACGCCCAGCUGGGCGAUGCUUAUGACCAGGAGAUCCGGGAGCUGCGCGCCACGCUGGAGAUGGUGAACCACGAGAAGGCUCAGGUGCAGCUGGACUCGGACCACCUGGAGGAAGACAUCCACCGGCUCAAGGAGCGCUUCGAGGAGGAGGCGCGGCUGCGCGACGACACCGAGGCAGCCAUCCGCGCGCUGCGCAAAGACAUCGAGGAGUCGUCGAUGGUGAAGGUGGAGCUGGACAAGAAGGUGCAGUCGCUGCAAGACGAGGUGGCCUUCCUGCGGAGCAACCACGAAGAGGAGGUGGCAGACCUGCUGGCCCAGAUCCAGGCGUCGCACAUCACGGUGGAGCGCAAAGACUACCUGAAGACCGACAUCUCCACGGCGCUGAAGGAGAUCCGCUCCCAGCUCGAGUGCCACUCGGACCAGAACAUGCACCAGGCCGAAGAGUGGUUUAAGUGCCGCUACGCCAAGCUCACCGAGGCGGCCGAGCAGAACAAGGAGGCCAUCCGCUCCGCCAAGGAAGAGAUCGCCGAGUACCGGCGCCAGCUGCAGUCCAAGAGCAUCGAGCUCGAGUCGGUGCGCGGCACCAAGGAGUCCCUGGAGCGGCAGCUCAGCGACAUCGAGGAGCGCCACCACCACGACCUCAGCAGCUACCAGGACACCAUCCAGCAGUUGGAAAAUGAGCUUCGGGGAACGAAGUGGGAAAUGGCCCGUCAUUUGCGAGAGUACCAGGAUCUCCUCAACGUCAAGAUGGCCCUGGACAUCGAGAUCGCUGCGUACAGAAAACUCCUGGAGGGUGAAGAGACCAGGUUUAGCACAUUUUCAGGAAGCAUCACUGGGCCGCUGUACACACAUCGACAGCCCUCAGUCACCAUAUCCAGUAAGAUUCAGAAGACCAAGGUCGAGGCUCCCAAGCUCAAGGUCCAACACAAAUUUGUGGAGGAGAUCAUAGAAGAAACCAAAGUAGAGGAUGAGAAGUCAGAAAUGGAAGACGCCCUCACAGCCAUUGCAGAGGAGUUGGCAGCUUCUGCCAAAGACGAGAAAGAGGAAGAAGCGGGAGAAAAGGAAGAGGAGCAAGAAGCCAAAAAGUCUCCUGUGAAGUCUCCAGAGGCCAAAGAAGAAGAAGGAGAAAAGGAGGAAGAAGAAGGCCAGGAGGAGGAGGAGGAGGAGGAAGAGGAAGGUGCUAAGUCUGACCAAGCAGAAGAGGGAGGAUCUGAGAAGGAAGGCUCCAGUGAAAAAGACGAAGGUGAACAGGAAGAAGAAGGAGAAACAGAGGCAGAAGGUGAAGGCGAGGAAGCAGAAGCUAAGGAGGAAAAGAAAACGGGGGAAAAGGGUGGAGAGGUGGCUGUCAAGGAGGAGGUCAAGGUGGAGAAGCCCGAGAAAGCCAAGUCCCCUGUGCCAAAAUCACCUGUGGAAGAAGUGAAGCCCAAACCGGAAGCCAAAGGGGAGAAAGCCGAGCAGAAGGAGGAACAGAAAGUUGAGGCAGAAAAGAAGGAGGUAGCCAAGGAAGCACCCAAGGAAGAGAAGAAAGAGGAGAAGCCGAAAGACGUGCCAGACAAGAAGAAAGCCGAGUCCCCGGUGAAGGAGAAAGCCGCGGCUGAGGUGAUCACUGUCACCAAGUCGGUAAAGGUGAGCCUGGAGAAAGAAACCAAAGAGGAAAAGCCCCCAGAGAAGGAGAAGCAGAAGGAGAAGGAGGAGGAGGGAGGGAGUGAGGAGGAGGGGAGUGAGCGCAGCCCACAGGAAUCCGGGAAGGAAGACAUAGCUAUCAAUGGAGAGGUGGAGGACAAAGAGGAGGAGGAAACUCAGGAAAGGGGCAGUGGGAGGGAGGAGGAGAAAGGUGUGGUCACCAACGGGUUAGAUGUGAGCCCGGCAGAUGGAAAGGACGAUGAUAGGAGUGAGGAGAAGGUGGUGGUGACCAAGAAGGUAGAAAAAAUCACCAGCGAGGGAGGCGACGGUGCUACCAAAUACAUCACCAAAUCUGUAACCGUCACUCAAAAGGUCGAAGAGCAUGAAGAGACCUUUGAGGAGAAACUAGUGUCAACUAAAAAGGUAGAAAAAGUCACUUCACACGCCAUAGUCAAGGAGGUCACCCAGAGUGACUAAGAUUCGAGUCCAUUGCAAAAGGUUAAGCCAUAUGACAAUUUCAAAAUGCAUGUGAUUGACAGCUUCAAAACAGGGCAGGUUCUCCCAUGGGGGUGCCAGACACAGUAUCUUCCUUUGUGCAAUAUGAGGGAACUGCAUGCAAGCUCAGGGUGCCCCCUCCUCAGUCUUUGGGGGAUUCAAAUGCAUGAUCAUGUAUGUAUGUACCUGGGGAAUUUGCCAAUUUCCUAAGCUGUUGGGAGGGGGGCACUUGGGGGGGAUGUCUUGAGGUGUAUUAUGCAAAGUACCAACUGAGCCAAAAAUAAUUAAGUGAAACACAGAACUCUCUUAGCCUUAAGAAAGCUAUAUAUGAAUACUUAUGUUUACCUCACUGGUGCAUUUCAAAUGGACGUCUGUUCAUGGGAGAACCUUGCUGACGCAGUUCCCAACCUUAUGUUGAUCGAUGUUAAACGUCACAGCAGUACUUGCUCAAUAAAGGUCAUAUUGGAAACAUAA